AUGAAGGAUCACUACCAAGUGCUGAUCGCCAGGGGAUUGUACGCUGCAGGUUUACCAUUUCGCGCCUUCGAAGUUCUUCGGCUUCUCAAAGCACUUUGUAUUCUGCAGCCAGCGAUGAAAGAAUAUUUGCCGACUCGUAAGGCAUUGUCGGGCCGCUUACUAACGGCCGAGUACAACCGCGAGAUGGAGGCCGUGUGCUCACGACUGCGCGAUGAACCAACAGUAGCACUCGUUUCGGACGGAUGA